GUCAUAAAGAAUGCUUGUACAAACCUGGGUAUAUUUGUGAAGCAAAUAGUUUAACAUGCAAUAUUUUUGAUAAUUCUUUAGCUACUGUAAAUACACUUUAUCAGCAGCUGUUUACUUCUAGAACAAAAUAUUUGGGAUAUCUUGUUACAGGACAUGAUAAACCAGAGAUUAAUAAUCAAUU